CGCAGGUAAAAGAGAAGCUACUACAAUCUAUAGACUAUAGCAAUGGGGUAACUAAGGUUGGUUUGCCUCCAUUAAAUCAGCCAUCUAGCUCUCUUAUCUGUUUUCAAGCUAACAGUAAUAUGUUUACUUUCUCAUCUAGUCAGCACGAUCGCUGGCCGAUAUCUUCAUUCCCUCACCCGGCACGGCGGCAGAGGUUUACCGCAGAGGCAGAGGUUGUGAGCAUAAGCGCUCGCCGGAAAGAUGUUGUAAGGCCUCCCUUGUGGAAUCUCUCCGCAGAGUCUGUUGGCCCUAAAGUUGGCAUGUCUCAGCCGCUUCACUCCCAGCAAGCUACUCGGGAUUUUGCCGGCCAAUAAGUUGACGGACACGUCAAUCCACUGAAGAUCGACGAGCUUCCCCAAGCUCGCCGGAAGUGUUCCGGAUACUCUGUUCCUCGCUACAUCCAGUCUCUUCAGUCCGGUCAGAUUCGUGAUUGAAUCCGAGAGUGAGCCGGUGAUGCGGUUAGACCCGAGUUGAACGGAAGAGAUCCCCGACGGCAAUGUAAUCUCCUUGAGGUCGAAUGUAAGCUGGUUGCCGGAGAGAUCGAGGCUCUGCAAGCUGGAGGCGUUGGUCAGGAAGCCGGAGAUUCCCAAUUCGAAUGAGUUAUGGGAGAGAUCAAGAGACAUGAGAGAGUCCGGUCGGCUGAACACCGGAAGUCUUCCCUUCAGUCCACAGCCAGAUAGUCGGACGUCGGAGAGCUGCCUGUCCUUAAUCCAGUUAGGCACCGUCCCUAAACUUAGGUUGUUGAAGGACAGAUCUAUCGACACCAACGAGGGCAGACCUGCAAUGCCCGGCAAUUGGCCGGAGAAUCCGUUGCUGGACAGAUUAAGGUACCAAAGCUUCUGCAGAGUUGAAAUGGAAGGUGGAAUUCCUCCGGAAAGCCGGUUGGAGCUCAGGGAGAGACGAGCAAGCGAUUUCAGUCCGGCCAUGCUGGCAGGAAGCUUCCCAGAGAGCUGGUUAUGGUCCAGUGAGAGAUCCUGUAGAUUCUGCAGAGUGAACAGAGACAGCGGGAGCUGGCCUGUGAAGCGGUUGUACGAGAGGUCGAGAAAGGUGAGGUUUCGGAAUGCGGUAGGGAUUUGGCCGGAAAUGAAGUUGUGGCUGAGAUCGAUAGACUGCAGAAUUGGACGGCGGGACGAUUUUGGGACAAGAACUGCGCCGGUGAGGGAGUUUCGAGCUAACCCGAGUAGCUGGAGGUUGGGGAGAUCCCAAAUGGACGGAGGAAUCGAACCACUGAGGCGGUUUCCGGCAAGGGAGACGGAUGCCAGACGAGUCAGCCGCCCUAUGCUCGGAGGGAUGGCACCGGCGAGCGAAGAGUCCUCGAUGAUCAACUGACUCACCCUGGUGAGGUUGGAGAUUGCAGGAGGGAUUGGACCUGCAAUGUGCUUCGUCCCGGUGAUGACAAGAACCUCCAGCGACGUCAGUCCGCCGAGAGAAGGCGACAGAGUUCCCUCCAUGUAGCCGUCCGGCGGCGCCUGUAUGAGCAGAGAAGUCACCCUUCCGGUGGUCGGAUCGCACUGCACGCCUUCCCAUUCCGUGCAAUGGUCAGUGGUUGCUACCCAGGUGGAGAGGAUUCCGGUCGUG